AAGCUUUGCGUCGUAAGACGCAAAUGCUAGGCUCCAACGGAGCGAGAGGAUCAAGAGCCGCUUAGGCGGAAACGAGCUCUGAUACCAUAUCAGAAACUGAGAACUUGAUUGAUUGAAAUGAGCAAGAGCAUACAUCCUUAAGUACCGAGCAUCGGAGAGGAUGGGAAGGGAUAAGGGAGAAUCGAAGGGAAUCCCAAGGGAAUCCUCCCAAAUCGUGGGGAUUUGGGAUGGAUUGGGUUGGGAUAGGUUGGGGAUGAAAACAUAGCUACACCCAACCUAACAAAUAUGAGUAUCCCUAAAACCAACAAAGUGUCAACACACAAAAUUGUGCCAACCGAAUUGCAGCCUAUCUCUAACACUCUGGACUCUAGACUAUGGACUCUGAACUCUGGACUCUGGACUCUGGACUCGGGACUCUGGACUCUGGACUCGGGACUCUCGACUCUGGACUCCGGACUCGGGACUCUGGGCUCUGGACUCGGGACUCUGGACUCUGGACUGGGGACUCUGGACUCUGGACUCUGGACUUGGGACUCUGGACUCGGGACUCUGGACUCGGGACUCUGGACUCUGGACUCUGGACUCUGGACUCGGGACUCUGGACUCUGGACUCUGGACUCUGGACUCUGGACUCUGGAAUCGGGCUUCUGGACUCUGGACUCUGGACUCUUGACUCUGGACUCGGGACUCUGGACUCUGGACUCUGGACUCUGGACUCUGGACUCUGGACUCUGGACUCUGGCCUCUGGACUCUGGACUCUGGACUCUGGACUAUGGACUCUGGACUCUGGACUCGGGACUCUGGACUCUCCACAUUGGACUCUGGAUUCGGGCCUUGGACUCUGGACUGUUGACUGGGGACUCCGGACUCGGGACUCUUGACUCUGGACUCUGGACACUUGACUCUGGGCUCCGGACUUGGGACUCUGGACUCUGGACUAUGGACUCUGGACUCUGGACUUUUGACUCAGGACUCUGGACUCGGGAUUCUCGAAUCUGGACUCGGGACUCUGGACUCUGGAAUCUGGACUCGGUACUACGGACUCUGGACUCUGGACUCUGGACUCGGGACUCUGGAUUCAGGACUCGGGACUCGGGACUCUGGACUCUGGAAUCUGGACUCUGAAAUCUGGACACGGGACUCUUGACUCUGGGCUCCGGACUAUGGACUCUGCACUCUGGACUCUGGACUCUGGACUCUGGACUCUGGACUCCGGACUCGGAACUCUUGACUCUGGACUCGGGACUCUGGACUCUGGACUCUGGACUCCGGACUCUGGCCUCUGGACUCGGGACUCUGGACACUGGACUCGGGACUCUGGCCUCUGGACUCGGGACUCUGGACUCUGGACUCUGUACUCGGGACUCUGGUCUCUGGACUCUGGACUCUGGACUCUAGACUAUGGACUCUGGGCUCGGGACUCUGGACUCUGGACCAUGGACUCUGGACUCUGGACUCGGGACUCUGGACUCGGGACUCUCGACUCGGGACUCUGGACUCUGGACUCUGGACUCUGGACUCUGGACUCGGGACUCUGGACUCUGGACUCUGGACUCGGGACUCUGGACUCUGGACUCUGGACUCUGGGCUCUGGACUCUGGACUCCGGACUCGGGACUCUGGGCUCUGGACUCGGGACUCUGGACUCUGGACUGGGGACUCUGGACUCUGGACUCUGGACUCUGGACUCUGGACUCGGGACUCUGGACUCGGGACUCUGGACUCUGGACUCUGGACUCGGGACUCUGGACUCGGGACUAUGGACUCUCCACAUUGGACUCUGGACUCGGGCCUUGGACUCUGGACUGUUUACUCGGGACUCUGGACUCGGGACUCGGGACUCGGGACUCUGGACUCUGGACUCUGGACUCUGGACUCUGGACUCGGGACUCUCGACUCGGGACUCUGGACUCUGGACUCUGGACUCUGGACUCGGGACUCUGGACUCUGGACUCUGGACUCGGGACUCUGGACUCUGGACUCCGGACUCUGGCCUCUGGACUCUGGACUCUGGAAUCUGGACUCUGGACUCUGGACUCUGGACUCUGGACUCGGGACUCUGGACUCUGGACUCUGGACUCUGGACUCUAGACUAUGGACUCUGGACUCGGGACUCUGGACUCUGGACUCUGGACUCUGGACUCUGCGCUCUGGACUCUGGGCUCUGGACUCUGGACUCCGGACUCGGGACUCUCGACUCUGGACUCGGGACUCUCGACUCUGGACUCCGGACUCGGGACUCUGGACUCCGGACUCGGGACUCUGGACUCCGGACUCGGGACUCUGGACUCUGGACUCUGGACUCGGGAUUCUGGAAUCUGGACUCGGGACUCUGGACUCUGGAAUCUGGACUAGGUACUACAAACUCUGGACUCUGGACACUGGACUCGGGACUCUGGAUUCAGGACUCGGGACUCGGGACUCUGGACUCUGGAAUCUGGACUCUGAAAUCUGGACACGGGACUCUUGACUCUGGGCUCCGGACUAGAGAAUCUGCACUCUGGACUCUGGACUCUGGACUCUGGACUCCGGACUCGGAACUCUUGACUCUGGACUCGGGAUUCUGGACUCUGGACUCUGGACUCCGGACUCUGGCCUCUGGACUCGGGACUCUGGACACUGGACUCGGGACUCUGGCCUCUGGACUCGGGACUCUGGACUCUGGACUCUGUACUCGGGACUCUGGUCUCUGGACUCUGGACUCUGGACUCUAGACUAUGGACUAUGGACUCGGGACUCUGGACUCUGGACUCUGGACUCUGGACUCUGGACUCUGGACUCGGGACUCUGGACUCGGGACUCUCGACUCGGGACUCUGGACUCUGGACUCUGGACUCUGGACUCGGGACUCUGGACUCUGGACUCUGGACUCGGGACUCUGGACUCUGGACUCUGGACUCUGGGCUCUGGACUCUGGACUCCGGACUCGGGACUCUGGGCUCUGGACUCGGGACUCUGGACUCUGGACUGGGGACUCUGGACUCUGGACUCUGGACUCUGGACUCUGGACUCGGGACUCUGGACUCGGGACUCUGGACUCUGGACUCUGGACUCGGGACUCUGGACUCGGGACUAUGGACUCUCCACAUUGGACUCUGGACUCGGGCCUUGGACUCUGGACUGUUUACUCGGGACUCUGGACUCGGGACUCGGGACUCGGGACUCUGGACUCUGGACUCUGGACUCUGGACUCUGGACUCUGGACUCGGGACUCUCGACUCAGGACUCUGGACUCUGGACUCUGGACUCUGGACUCGGGACUCUGGACUCUGGACUCUGGACUCGGGACUCUGGACUCUGGACUCCGGACUCUGGCCUCUGGACUCUGGACUCUGGACUCUGGACUCUGGACUCUGGACUCUGGACUCUGGACUCUGGACUCUGGACUCUGCGCUCUGGACUCUGGGCUCUGGACUCUGGACUCCGGACUCGGGACUCUCGACUCUGGACUCGGGACUCUCGACUCUGGACUCCGGACUCGGGACUCUGGACUCCGGACUCGGGACUCUGGACUCCGGACUCGGGACUCUGGACUCUGGACUCUGGACUCGGGAUUCUGGAAUCUGGACUCGGGACUCUGGACUCUGGAAUCUGGACUAGGUACUACAAACUCUGGACUCUGGACACUGGACUCGGGACUCUGGAUUCAGGACUCGGGACUCGGGACUCUGGACUCUGGAAUCUGGACUCUGAAAUCUGGACACGGGACUCUUGACUCUGGGCUCCGGACUAGAGAAUCUGCACUCUGGACUCUGGACUCUGGACUCUGGACUCCGGACUCGGAACUCUUGACUCUGGACUCGGGAUUCUGGACUCUGGACUCUGGACUCCGGACUCUGGCCUCUGGACUCGGGACUUUGGACACUGGACUCGGGACUCUGGCCUCUGGACUCGGGACUCUGGACUCUGGACUCUGUACUCGGGACUCUGGUCUCUGGACUCUGGACUCUGGACUCUAGACUAUGGACUAUGGACUCGGGACUCUGGACUCUGGACUCUGGACUCUGGACUCUGGACUCUGGACUCGGGACUCUGGACUCGGGACUCUCGACUCGGGACUCUGGACUCUGGACUCUGGACUCUGGACUCGGGACUCUGGACUCUGGACUCUGGACUCUGGACUCGGGACUCUGGACUCUGGACUCUGGACUCUGGGCUCUGGACUCUGGACUCCGGACUCGGGACUCUGGGCUCUGGACUCGGGACUCUGGACUCUGGACUGGGGACUCUGGACUCUGGACUCUGGACUCUGGACUCUGGACUCGGGACUCUGGACUCGGGACUCUGGACUCUGGACUCUGGACUCGGGACUCUGGACUCGGGACUAUGGACUCUCCACAUUGGACUCUGGACUCGGGCCUUGGACUCUGGACUGUUUACUCGGGACUCUGGACUCGGGACUCGGGACUCGGGACUCUGGACUCUGGACUCUGGACUCUGGACUCUGGACUCUGGACUCGGGACUCUCGACUCAGGACUCUGGACUCUGGACUCUGGACUCUGGACUCGGGACUCUGGACUCUGGACUCUGGACUCGGGACUCUGGACUCUGGACUCCGGACUCUGGCCUCUGGACUCUGGACUC